AUGGAUGAAAAGAGAACAAAAGCAAGUCGCGGAUCACAUACAAAAAAAAAAAAGAGAAAUAUAGUAAUAAAAACAACAAUUAUGUAUAUAUUUAUAUUUAUUUAUGUGCAGGUGUGUCGAUAA